AUGCGGGAUCCGGGACAAGUCGUCGUCGACCUGGUGGUGAAAGCUCACAUCGAACGGUCUUCCUUUCCCCGGCGUGACGACCCGCUAUACCCUAACAACAAGGGUAUCAAGUGGGCUGCCGACCUUUUCCGAACGGUCAAGCUCUCGGCUCUGCCUGCUUGCACCUCUAUCGGAAAAGUGCUUGGCGCUAUCCAUGCUGGUGCUAUAUUCUCGGCCUUCCUAUACGAUACGGUCGCGUUGAGUGGUGACCUUACCGCCCAAACCACGUUUGUCGAACAAGCUGGCGCAACCAGAUUCGUUGAUAAUGCAGAAUCGGACGGCUUUUACAUUGGAUCCACUCAACCCCAGAAUUUACGACCAGAUAUUUUGUGA